AUGGUUAUUAAAACUGGUGGUAGAUCUUUUAGAAGUCAAUGGUUCAAAUUAUUUGAUUGGCUUGAAUAUUGUCCAGAAAAAAAUGUUGCAUUUUGCUAUCCAUGCAGAAUUUUUGGUAAUAAUGAGACUAAAGAAAUUGCAUUUUCUGUGACAGGAUAUUCUAACUGGAAAAAAGCUUUGGCAAAUAAUAAAGGGUUUUAUAAACAUCAAUCUUCUUCAUCGCACCGUAUUUGUAUAACAAAAUUGGUAGAUAAACAAAAACGUGUUGAAACGACUACAGAAAUUUCAACAUUGUUGAAUGAAAACGUUCUCGAAAAACAUAGAUAUUAUGUAAAAUCAAUUUUUGAAAUAAUCAUAUUUUUAGUCGUGAAUGAAUUACCACUUCGUGGGGAUUUUGAUUUAGAAAUGCACGAAGAUAAAGGUUUAUUUCAAUCACUUUUUCGGUACACUCUUAAAAAAGACACUAAACUUGCAGAAUGCGCUAAAUUAAUUCCUCAAAAUGCUACUUAUUUAUCCCCUUUCAUUCAAAAUGAAACUAUCAAUAUUAUGCAUAACGCUGUGCAAAAUAGUGUUGUAGAAGAUUUAAAAAAUGCAGAUGUCCCAUGGUAUACUAUAAUGGAGGAUGGAACUAAAGACAAUAAUAAUCGGGAAAAUAUUGCCAUAGCCAUACGAUACGUAAAAAAUGGAAAACCAAUUGAAUCUUUAUUAGCAAUUAAAAAUGCAACAAAUUUAAAUGCAGCUUAUUUUGUGCAAAUGACACUUGAUCUUUUAAAGUCAUUAAAUAUUAAUACUGAUUAUAUGCUCAGCCAAUGUUACGAUGGCGCUAGCGUGAUGAGUGGUACUAAAGGUGGGGUUCAGGCUUUAAUGCAAAAAAAGCUUAAUCGAACUAUUCCCUAUGUACAUUGUUAUAAUCAUCAAUUGCAUUUGGUUAUUGUCAAAGCAGUGUCGGAAGUGACCGAAAUUGGUCACUUUUUUGAUCAGUGUAGGCUCAUUCAUAAAGUAUUUAACACAUUUAAAAUAAACACAUUAUACGAAGGCAAUAAUACAGUUAGAUUGUUAGAACAACGUUGGUCUAGCCAUUUAAAAAUAUGUGAAAUUAUAUAUAAUAAUUAUGAUGAUAUGAUAAAUUGUCUAAAAAAAGUGCAUGGAAAAUCAUUUGAUGGCAAUGAAGUAGCUCAAUGUGCAGGACUCUCAUUAACAAUGAAAAAGAAAACAUUUAGAUUUGCAUUGUGUCUUAUGUUAAAAUGUUUAAGAUACAUCAAACCAGCCGAUAAAAUUUUGCAAUCAAGAGAAACUGGUUUAACCUUAGCAAUUCCAAUUAUUCAUAGCGUGAUUAAUAGUUUAAAACAAUCAAGAAAUGAAGAAGUGUUCAAUGCAAUUUUAAAAGACUGUGAAAAUUUAUUACCUGAAACCGAAACUGAAUCUCCAAAACGCAAGAGAAAGACUACUAUAAAAUUGAAUGAAUAUAUUUUAAGUGAAUCAUCUGAGCUUUAUCAACAACGUAAAGCAUUUAAAGCUACAUAUGAAAUGAUAGCAGCAGUUGAAGUAUUUGGAUGUAGCUCAGCAGUUUGUGAAUCGACAUUUUCCUGCUUAAACAGAGUUGACAAUCCUCAAAGGCAAUCAAUGUCACAUAACCGGCUUUCCAACUUAACUUUAUUGGCAUUUGAGUCCAAACGGACAGAAAACUUAAACAUGGACCUAUUAUUAACGAACUUCAACAAGCAGAAUAAUAGAAAAUUGAAGCUGUAUUAA